CCUCUUUCUUUCUUUCUUUCUUUCUUUCUUUCUUAUCCAACAGCACACUUGUGUAAGCUCAACGCGUUAGUUAUACAUCGUCUCCACAUAGUGGUCAUUGUUGCUGUCGUAUCAAAACUGUAGUAGCUACCACAGCUGUCCGGGAUAAACCAACAACAGCAGCAACACAAAGCAGAAAAGCCCAUCCUCUUUUUAUCUUCUUCUUUUCGGGUGUACAUACAUCACCAGACGACGACGACAUACCCCAACCUCUUUAUACUACUACUACUACUACUACUACACCUUGUAUCCUUCAACGUGAUAUCAACCCUGAAAUAAGAAAAAGAAAAAUAAUGCUGAAAAACCUAACUCGCAUAAAGCAGUGGACCGGUGAGCGAUUAGGUGCAUCCAAACCAACAUUACAGACCGAGGAUCUUCAAGAACUCGAAGAUCAGCUGGACACUUGGCAUGAAGGUUUCGAACAAAUGUACCAAACAAUCAAACUGUCCCAUGCACAACUUUCGAAAACGAAAACUCUAAUACAAGAGUCGAGAACAAAACACACACCCCUCUCUGCGAUUGGAGAUGCUUGGUUGACGCAUGGCAGUGAAAUAGCUGGCAGCUCUCCCAAACUAGGUGCAGCAUUGUCGAACCUCGGUGAAGCGGAAAUGAAUAUUGCAGUCUAUUUUGAUCAACUGACGCUCCAACUGGGCACCGACUACUUGACACUCUUACGCGACAGCAGAGCAUGCUAUCACAAGAUUGUUGAACUGCGCCGAAAACUCGAAACACGACGACUCGAUUAUGCAGCCCAUCUCAGUCGACUCCAGAAAGCGAAAAAGGAGAAACCGCAGCUUGAACAAUUGUUACAUCAAUCGAAAAUGAAAUAUGAAGAGACGCAACGCGAUUUGUUGACGAAAAUGAUUGAAUUGGAACAGUUCAAGGAGAUGCACCGUGAUGCAUUACAUGACUUUAUGGAUCUGCAGAUCGGAUGCUUCCUAAAAGCGGCAAAAAUCCUGCAAGACGUAAAAGACGAUUGGCCACUAGGACCCGAAUACGAUGAUGACAAUACCUCUUCAUUAAACAACAACAAUAACGAUGAUAGCAGCAAUACCGGAGAUCAUACUAAACCUUUAGCACCAACAGCAAUUGAUUUGAAGAGGACAGCAUCAGCAUCAGCAGCAUCAGGGGCAGGCGCGACAACAACAGCAACAACAUGUGAUGGAGCAUGUUGCAAAAGCAGCAUCAACAGGAAAUCGACGGAUUCUGCAUUCGAACAAUCCACCGUUGCCAGCACCAAUAAUGAUUACUAUCGACGACCCUCUAUUAUUUCUGCCAGCAACACGAGUAGUAAUAACAAUCACUAUCUACAUCCAGCUGACCGACAAUCCAUCUGUUCAUCCAGUACGAAUGCUUCAUCAGCAGCAUCCUGUACGAGCGCAUCGGCAUCAGCAGCUGGUUCGCCGCCGACUUUCAACAGUAAUCAAUUACGCCGUUCUCUUUCGGAUAUGGGAUCACAACAAAGUGUCAAGUCAGAUGAUGUCAUUUCUAAAAGAGGAUCUUCAAGUAGUGUUCCAUCAAGACAACAAUCCAUCUCAGCCAGCAGUCCAUACACCAAAUUACGACGAGCACUAUACAACUUCCCUGGCGAUCACGAUGAAGACCUUGCAUUCAGCCAAGGGGAUAUCAUUACAGUGUUGGAAGAAAUCAACGAAGGAUGGUGGUCCGGUGAAGUCAUUGACAAGCAAGGACACAAGCACUGUGGCAUAUUCCCGUUAAACUAUACCGAAGAACUCGAUACGCCUGACGUACCACCACCACCACCUCCGUUACCGAGUAAAGAAGACUGCAAUCUAUCACAAGAAUCGCAAGUGCAUCAGCAUGUAACAACAACACCACGACCACAGCAGACUCUGAAUCACAGCAACACUACCACAGACGAUACUAAUAAUAAUGAUAAUGCUCCGACUGCAACAACAGCAACAAAGGAUGCCAGUAAUACUGGCGCCCCAAUACCCAAUGAUGCUGGCAGUGCAUCCCAAAUAUAAGUCAUCUCAACAUGUAGUAUCAUGGAGGGGUCCUAGUAAUUUUCCUUCUUGCUGUAUUGUACCCCCCACAUUGUCACCAUCAUAUCCACAAACUCACUCAAUCCCUAGUAGUAGUAGUACCAUGUUUAUGUUUAGAAAUACCCCCAUCUUUUUUCUUUGCGCUGAAAAAUACCAUUGUGCAUACACUGUAAAAAAAAGUCAGU